AUGUCAAGAACUACAGAAGCUUACGCCAAUGAACUAAACAGGAAGAGGAUUCUUCAGAAUGAUAAUGACACGGAAAAUACUGAGAAUGGUGCUGGGAAAGUAGCUUUCGGAGCAGCAGGACACUUCGAUACGGAUGUUUAUGGGAGUGUACGCGGUAACAGGAGUGGAAAGUAUCUCGAUUCAAUCAAUACAGCAGAUGAGGAUGAUAUUGAUGAGGAUACGGUUGUUCCAAUGCCUAAAAAGGGUAUCAAUGCGCCAGCGAAAUUUAUCCAUGAAGCUUCACAUACAGGCGAACCUGAUCCUUUUGCGGAGACUCGAACGAAGACUAUAAUCGAGCGACAAUCUUCGAAAUAUGCUGAACGGGCUCGACAUAGAGCAAUCUCACCAGAUCGGGUCGAUGCGUUUAUUGAUCAAACACCUGAUCAAAGAGAUCGUGGUUAUGCGGAGAUUAUGAAGGAACAGCAGUAUAAGGAGGAGAAAGGAAAGGUUGAGAAAGAGCUCGCUGACCGACAUAAAGCAGGCGAACUACCUACAGUUACUCAGCCGGAACGCAAAAAAGGAAGAUGGGAUGAAACUCCAUCACACGAGGUUCUUGGCGCUGGUUCAGCCACACCGUCGAAUUCCACACCAGGUGGGGCUCCACGAAAGCGAUUGGGGAUUUCGAGCAUCAGUGCGGAUGCCGCCACUCCACAUGUGGCUCGGUGGGAAGAAACACCAGCUCAUGCCAAUGCAACCGAUGCUACGCCCUCUAUCAACAGGUUCGAUUCAACUCCAUCAACUCAGACUCCAAGACGUAAUCGCUGGGAUGAAACACCUCGUGAAAGCGUACGUGAUGCUGGGGGAAUGACGCCCGGGUGGGGUAUUGAUACUCCGGCACGUGGUGCAACAGACGAUGUCAAGGUAGAGGAUACUCCUGCGUCGAAACGGCGUUCACGAUGGGACCUAACCCCUUCGCAGACCCCAGCAGCUGGGUCAACAACUCCUCAAAUUGGUGCGACCACACCUUCGUUCACGCCAAGCCAUGGAAGUACUCCAGCUGGUGCACUGACACCAGGUGGGGCAACCCCCCUAGGAACUCCGGCGAUGGGCAUGAAAACACCUGCAGUUCCGAUACCUAUGACACCUGAUCAAAUGAAAAAUUUUUUGUGGGAGAAAGAACUUGAUGACAGAAAUCGAGCCCUUAGCGAUGAGGAGUUGGACGCACUAUUUCCACCAGGGUACAAGAUUCUUCCUCCACCAGCUGGCUACAUGCCUCUCCGAACUCCAACGCGCAAACUUAUGGCCACACCUACUCCUCUUGGUGGUGCCAUAGGUGGUGGAUUCUUCAUGCAGGGAACACCUGAGAGAGACGGGCUUGGUGAUAGAGGAGUUGGUGGCAUUCUGGAUACACAGCCGAAAAAUCAGGAUCUCCCACCACUAAAACCAGACGACAUGCAGUACUUUGAUAAACUCUUGAUGGAUGUCGAUGAAAGUACUUUAACCAAGGAGGAAUUGAACGAGCGUGAAAUUAUGACUCAUCUAUUGAAAAUCAAAAAUGGCUUACCACCACAGAGGAAGAGCGGUUUGAGGAAGAUUACUGAAAAUGCGAGGAAGUAUGGUGCUGGCCCAUUAUUCAAUCAGAUUCUUCCACUUCUAAUGUCACCGUCACUUGAAGAUCAGGAGCGUCAUCUAAUGGUUAAGGUAAUCGAUCGUAUACUCUACAAAUUGGAUGACUUGGUUCGUCCAUACGUCCAUAAAAUUCUUGUGGUGAUUGAGCCUCUUCUAAUUGAUGAAGAUUAUUAUGCUAGAGUUGAAGGUCGUGAAAUCAUAUCCAACCUUGCAAAGGCAGCAGGAUUAGCAACGAUGAUAUCUACGAUGAGACCCGAUAUUGACAAUGUGGAUGAAUAUGUUCGAAACACAACUGCUCGAGCUUUUGCUGUGGUUGCGUCUGCUCUGGGUAUACCUGCUCUACUUCCUUUUUUGAAAGCGGUCUGUAAGAGUAGGAAAAGUUGGCAAGCACGACACACUGGUAUAAAAAUUGUUCAACAAAUGGCCAUCCUCAUGGGCUGUGCCGUUCUUCCUCAUCUCAAAGCUCUAGUUGAAAUUGUUGAAGGUGGAUUGGAAGAUGAACAGCAGAAGGUACGCACCAUUACUGCUUUGUGUCUUGCCGCUUUAGCUGAAGCCGCUACACCAUAUGGUAUUGAAGCAUUUGACUCUGUGUUGAAACCAUUGUGGAAGGGUAUUCGAAUGCAUAGAGGCAAAGGUCUAGCUGCUUUUCUUAAAGCUAUUGGGUACCUUAUACCUCUUAUGGAUGCUGAAUACGCUUCAUAUUACACGAAGGAAGUCAUGCUAAUCCUCAUAAGAGAAUUUGCUUCACCUGAUGAAGAGAUGAAGAAAAUUGUGCUUAAGGUAGUGAAACAGUGUUGUGCAACAGAUGGUGUGGAAGCGCCAUAUAUUCGUGACGAGAUCUUACCGCACUUUUUCAAGGCGUUUUGGACGCAACGUAUGGCGAUGGAUAGGAGGAACUAUAGGCAACUCGUGGACACAACUGUUGAGAUGGCUCAGAAAGUGGGAAGUGCAGAAAUGAUAGCGAGAAUUGUUGACGACUUGAAGGACGAAAAUGAGCAAUAUAGGAAAAUGGUUAUGGAGACCGUUGAAAAUAUUGUUGCCUUGCAAGGUGCCAACGAAAUUGAUUCACGUUUGGAAGAGCAACUAAUCGAUGGUAUCCUGUACGCUUUCCAAGAACAAACGCAGGAGGAUGCUGUUAUGCUCGACGGUUUUGGUACUGUGUGCAAAGGACUAGGGAGACGCACUAAGCCGUACCUACCCCAAAUUUGUGGUACUAUCCUCUGGCGCCUGAAUAAUAAGUCAGCGAAAGUUCGACAACAAGCUGCUGAUUUGAUUGCCCGAGUUGCUCCAGUAAUGCAUAUAUGUGAAGAAGAAAAACUUAUGGGCCAUUUGGGAGUUGUACUUUACGAGUACCUUGGAGAAGAGUAUCCUGAAGUUCUCGGAUCGAUCCUUGGUGCGUUGAAGUCAAUCUGCAAUGUGAUUGGGAUGACGAAAAUGACACCCCCAAUUAAGGAUCUUUUGCCUCGGUUAACACCGAUUCUUAAGAAUCGCCACGAAAAAGUACAGGAAAACUGUAUCGACCUGGUAGGAGCCAUUGCUGAUCGUGGAUCGGAAUUUGUGUCAGCUCGUGAAUGGAUGCGUAUUUGUUUUGAACUGCUUGAGUUGUUAAAAGCUCAUAAGAAAAGCAUUCGUAGAGCAGCAAUCAAUACUUUUGGAUUUAUUGCCAAGGCCAUUGGUCCUCACGACGUUCUUGCCACGCUCUUGAAUAAUUUGAAAGUACAAGAACGUCAGCUGCGUGUAUGUACCACUGUUGCGAUCGCAAUCGUAGCAGAAACUUGUGCGCCAUUCACCGUACUGCCAGCUAUCAUGAAUGAAUAUCGAGUUCCCGAAAUGAAUGUGCAGAACGGAGUGCUGAAAGCGCUUUCAUUCAUGUUCGAAUAUAUCGGAGAAAUGGCAAAAGAUUAUAUCUAUGCAGUGACACCGCUUUUGGUUGAUGCUAUGAUGGAGCGGGAUCAAGUGCAUAGACAAAUUGCUAUUGACGCAGUUGCACACCUUUCUCUAGGUGUGUAUGGGUUUGGAUGUGAGGACGCUUUGUUACAUUUGCUUAACUAUGUUUGGCCCAACAUGUUGGAGAACUCACCACAUCUUAUUCAACGCUACAUUUUCGCUUGCGAAGGGAUGCGAGUGUCAUUAGGGCCUAUUAAGGUGUUGCAGUAUUGCUUGCAAGCUCUUUGGCAUCCAGCAAGAAAAGUCAGGGAACCUGUUUGGAAGGUUUAUAAUAAUUUGGUGCUCGGCUCUCAAGACGCUCUUAUUGCUGGAUAUCCACGAAUUGAAGAUACUGAAAAGCACACUUUUGUACGAUAUGAGUUGGAUUACACUCUUUGA